UGUAAGGCGGAGGUUUCCACAAAUCAAGUACACCAACGGGUGAGAAAAUUCAGCCAGGGGACAUAAAAUUCGACUGGAAGACAGCAGGGCGGAGGCGGCGGGAGGCCCUGCCGCGGCCCUAAGAUGGCGGCACCGUGAGGGGGGAGCGGGCUGGACAGGGACGGCUGUUGUUGAAGCUUUAUUGUUCCCGCUGCCGCCGCCACCCGCCGUGUCCGUCGCGCCUGCCGCGCCGUACCCAGUAAAGGUAAAACCAUGGCGGAGCCGGCCGGGCCCGCUCGGCAACGGGCGGUCGGGGCGGCUCGACUCACCCCCGACGCCGCCUGGCUGUCCCGGCUCUAGCCACCCCUCGUUGCCCCUCCUCGGUACGCGCGGAGGGGAUGGGACGCUUCGCCUCGUACCGGAGAGCCGGGGGACGGGACGGGUGGGUGCCUCCCCUACCCGCAGAAAGGGACCAGCCCCUAUGAAGCCUGUCAGGCGGAUGAGGAGGUUGAGGGGGUCCGAAGGGUGCCUCUGUAUUCAACCUGGCCGGAUGCGGGGACCCCCACACCCCACCCAUGUUAAAUCGAAGUCAGCCUUAUAAGAGCUCCUCUAGUGCCCAAAAAACGCAGUCUUUCUCAUUUUAAACACUCCCCAUGUCCUGCCAUCUUUGCCUUAUGGCAGGGGCCUUUCUUUGAAACCUACACAUAAAAGAAGUUUCCUCUGAAAUGUUGUCUCUACCAGUGAGCCAAAGCCUCUCUGCUGGGUUCCAUUACCCUCUAAAGGUGUUACAUUACUUGUGCAUUAGGGUUGUGCCCCUGCUUGGGCAGGUGUGACCCUCCAGGAAGUUUUUUAAAGGUAUGCAUGGGAGGGGUUUAUCUUGUGCUUUGGUCACAGCAGAUUCCUCUCCUUGCUUUGGCCCACUAAUCGCAUCUGUUCUUUGAGAUGAUCCAUCAAGACUGACGCAUCAAGAGACAAAUGAACAGAUUUUUUUUCACUACAUCAAAAAAAUGAGGAGUCUCAUUUGAUUUCCUCUGUGAUCUCCAGCUCGAUUGAGCUGCUGCAGGGGAGCAGGGAGAAGAGAGCCUCAGGGCUGUCCCUGUCCCCAAAUCAGUGGGAUAUGUUAGAGGUGCUGUGGUGGGUCCUUACCAGGACCCACCUCCUCCCUGCAGAGGGAGAAGCUGCAGUGAGGUGAGGCUUGGGGGCAGUUAGUUUCCUCUACUGUGCUGGUCAGGAAGGCUGACACACCUGAUUUAUGAGCCAGACAUAACAUAAGACUGCAGGGUUCUGCAGGGUUCUGGUUGAGAUAUGCCAGGUGUCUUGUGUUUGAGGGGGAAUUUGGGUUUACACUCUGGUUCAAAGACAGGGUGGUGCAGGAACAACCUGUUGGAGUAUGGACCAGAACAGAGAGGUCCUUUCCCAGCCUCUGUGCCCUACUUACUCACUCUUAUUUCCUCUCUUUCCAGUAUAUUGUAACUGUCUGGACAUACCACUUAAAGAAAGUGCCCAAAGUGUCCCUGUUGUCCCUCAAAAAGCAGCUCAGCAGUUACAAAAUUCUUCCAGGAGAUGGAGGAGGCAUGUUGGCUUUGUGGGGCAAACCCUACUUGGCUUUCACAAUGCUGCAUCUUCCUCUGCUGUUUUGGAGCAGCUGCACUCGUUUGAAGAGUUGUUGAAAGUCCGUUUUUCUUAGUGGAGUUUUAGGACUCUCUGAUAGCCUGAUGCAGGAGGUGACAGUGAUGCAAAUCCAGGUAUCUUGAUAGACUCAGCUCCCAGUAAUUCUGUGUACUUACUAAGAAGUCUGAGGGAAUCAGACCCAUUUUGGGGUAACCAUGCUUGAGAAGUAUAAUUUUAAAGGCCUUUGCAUCAAGGUGCCUUAAGGGUGUGUAGAGCCAUGCCUGCCCUUGGCCAUGGGAACAAAUGGCUCCUGUACUUCUGGUGUUGCAAAAUGGGUCACAAAAACUGGUCAAAGUAGUGUAGUGUUUUUCUUAGUAAGUCAUUAAGCAAUUGCAACACACCAUCAUCUGUGAUGUAAACCUACCUGACAAAAAGCAGUUCAGAUGCCCAGCUUUUGUUUUUUGAGGAUGUUAAGGGAACCGGCAAAAUAUAAUUAGCACUUCUGGUGUUCUUGGGCAUGGUGAUCCGUGGCUGAGCAGUGACUGGAGCAAACUGUGGUUGUUUCUUUGGGUUUGUGCUGGUUUUCCACUGCAUGAUAUUGCUUGCUUUUUGGGGCAGCUCUUGGUUUGAAGAAAUCUUGCCUUUAAGAGUUGUAGCAGAUCUGUUUGUUUUUUGAUCUAUUGUAUUUCUAUUCAGAGCAUCAGUGCAGACAGCCAGCCAAAAUGUGUGGGGUUUGAGUGGUAGAUUCUGCUACCUUUAGAGACUGUGGAAUGCUGAGUUUAGUCAAAGUGUUGCUUAUUUUCCUCUGUUACUAGUCUGUGCUGAUGCUCUGAACUGCAACAAAAUAGAUUGAAAAACAAAUUGGUGUAUCCUGGUUCCUUGUGCUAGAUUUCACAUUAUCCUCUGGGUGAGCUGCCUUCUCUGUCCCUUUGGAGCACCCCAGAGACAAGUAAUGACCCCUCAGCCUCUUUCAGCACUUCAAAGGCUGAAUUACUUUCUGGGGAGAGAUAAGAAAAUGGAAUUGCAGUCCUUGAUUUUCUGGCUUUUCAAUAACCCUCAGUGUAAGAUCAUCAUCUUGGUAACAAGAAAACAGGAAACUGGUAAACAGGCACAGAAAGUAUUCAGAUUGUGAUUUAAGGCUGCCACUGCUCUUAACUCCCCAAAGCUAAAAACAGAACAUUGCCCCCUCACUCAGAGGCCACUGUCAUGCCCAAGGGACUGCAGGCCUGAGCAACACAAGAGAUAUAUCCUAGCUUUCUGUCCUACUUCAUUCACUGAUUUCCGUGAGGAUUGUGAAAUGAGCCUUUGAUUGAGUGCAAAUGGGCUGGGAUGUGGUGAGCUCUUCUCACAGGGUAGGGAGCCUUUCUGGGCUGGCUACCACUCUCUUGCAAUGACCGCUUUGAAUUUUAGCUCCCCAAGCAGAGAGCUGAGUGUGGGGAACAGGAGGGUUGUGGGAGUGCUCCUGUGAGCCCCUCUGAUCAGCUCCAACAGAAGUGGCAUUAACUGGGGACAGAAAAGUUGGAUUAUUCCAUUUUGCUUAUCUCUUUCUGUCCACUUUUUUCCCCUGCCUUCUUAGUUUUAGGUUUUUAGAGCUUGCUUAGGACUCCCUGUCUUCUAGUUUUGCACUGGGUUUACAGGAUGAUUUUAUACAUCUUCAUUAUCCAUGUGAGCACUGCAAGUUCCCUGUCUCUGCAUGGCUGCAGCAGAGCAAUAGGCUGUGGGUCUGUGCCACAUGGAUCUAGUAUGCUUGGACAGCUUCAUCAUUUGGCAGGGAGGCAAUAGAUGUUGGGGUUUUAUUUUUUUGUUUAGUUUUUUUUUUUUAAGCUACAAAAAGCCUACUCCAUGUGCAUCUAUAGUGAGAAUUUCAGGCAUGGAAUACAUCCUCAAGCUAGCCACUGAGAUGGAUACAGGAAGAGCUUUUGCUAAGUUACUAAUGACAGCAGCUGCGUUGACCACACCUUGUAAAAGUCCUUAAUUAUAUAGUAAGGGAUAUACAGAAUCCUUUUGCUUAAACCUUAGGGGCCUUACAAUUCUUUCUGUGCCUUGUGAUGGAUGUUCCGAAGGUGUGGGUAAAGUGGCAGCAGAAACUGUGAGGGAGGAAUGGUCUCAUCCUUGCACCUUUGGAGUACCUGUCUCUGUAGAGUCUAAUUGCUAAAGUGCUUGGUCCUAAAUUUCAAUUAUCUUUUGAUCAACCUGGUGUUGUGCAUGGCUUUUGAGUCCGUUGGAUCUAGAUGCAAGUAAUUAUAUGAAUAAUGAAGAGAAGUGAUUUAAUUUGGGCACGAUUUUCAGUUCUGUGGAUAGAAUUGGGUAGCCCCUUUCCUCCUUCAUUCUUCCUUCAACUUCCCCCAAGAAAGAAAGGUUGUUGCUAUCAAGAGAUCUUUUUCCUGUUCUAAUGUAGUUUAAAGAAAACAACAUGAAAGCCUCAAACUAUGGAGGUGUGGGAGGACAGAAAUAAAUGGAAAAAAGGCAUAAAGAGCUGAAACUGGACAGUGGAGGGUGAUGUUUUCUGCAGACAUGUUCUGCACCUCCUAUACUUCUGCGGUUCAGAAGAAAAAGGGUCAUCUUUGCUGAAGUGGGUGUCCUGAGAGCAGUUGCAGAUGACAACGGUUGCUUAAGGGCGACGGGGGGCAUUUAUCAACAUGUUGUCAAGUAGAGCCUUAGAAAUUGUGGGCACUGUUGAAAAUUUGCCUUAAAUGGAUUGAUCUCACAGUUUCAUUGGAAGUCAGUGGAAGGAAAACUCCUAAGCCACCUUGGUGUUUCCCCUGGAAAGCUGACAGGAUGAGGCUUAAGAUGUCCCCUCCAAGGAUUAAUUUUGCAAGGCCUGUUGUGCAGCUUGGUUGGGCAAAUGCCCUGUCUCCUUUUUCACUUUCUAACUCCAGUGACUGGUAUUUCGUAAGAGGGCAGUUCUUAUGUGGCUCAGGUGUCAGACAACCCAGGAACAGUCUGCUUAAGCCAUGUUUUACCUUAAGUUUGGAGUCCCCAGUGGAGCUGACUCCCAAGAGGAGUCAGAGAAGCAGCUUUAAGCUGAAGUGACUAUUGGCUUUUUCCUACCAGUGGUGUUGGCAGAGGCAGACAAUGUAGGCUCUGUCAGCAUACAUCACUGCUGAAGUAUCAGUUACCUGCUGUCAGAGAGAGAUUCCCAGUUCUGCCUAGUCCCCCAGCCAAAUCUCCCAAAAGUCAUCUAGAUGAUGGCUGGGAGACAUAGUCACACAAACUCGGGUGAGAAACAAGACGUAAUUUAACUGUGUGGUGGUGGAGGGUACUCCACUUAAAAAUCAGUUAUCAUGACUCGGUUUCUUACUGGAAGAGAGACAUUAGCCAAACCCAAGUUACUGAGCCUGGAAGUCUGGCAGGCAGUGAUGGAUGAGCAGUCAGAUUGCUGAUGGUGGUCCCUUCUGGCUCUUGGGCCCUCUGAAUAGGGUGCAAAUGUCUUGGGGCUGGUCUUGGCCAACACCCCUUGUUAUAAAUGCCUGUUCUCUUUGAUGGUACUGGAUGGUUUGGAUCCCUAUAAAAAAUUAAAGAAAUAAAAUGUAUUUGAAAAAAUAUGUCUGUGCUAAUUACUCAGGACACAUUUUCCAGUGCUCUGAGUUGCUGUAAUGAAGAAGGGGACAUGCUGGUAGGCUGCUUAGAGUUUCACUGUUUUGAGCUCUCAUGACCAAAUAUGUCUUCUAUAUUCCUGCCAGGAAUAGAGGGAGCAGACGGUGCUGCUGCUUCCUCCAGCUUGCCACAGUGCAAGCAAUAAGCUUCAUGCAGGAGGCUAUUCAUGGCAAAGUGAGCAGACGUCUCUUCCAGGACAACGAUUUUUCCUGCUUAUCAAUUUGUAGGAAGAGCUGUAGCUAUUAUUAUUUAACCAGCAGACUCAGUUUCAACUCAUCUGAAGGACUUCCAGUUGAAGUCCUCUGGGGAAGGAGUGGGUGGACUAAAACCGUUAUUACAUGGAGUCUGGCAAAAGAAUCGUGUCUGUCUCUUCUCCCACGACCAGCAGCAACUCUGAUGAUGGCAGCUUGGUUCCUUGUGAUUCAAAAUGGUGUGGGAGGAGAGCAGAGCCUGCAUGUUGGAUCGACUGGAAGUACAGGUGGUUGGCCCUGUGCAUGGGGGAGGGGGUGGAUCUGAUAUUUGGAAAGAUGAGGUGCAGAUCAACCAGGCUUUGGUAGUGAUGUGCCUGAAGAAGCUCUGGCUCUGUGGGGCAGGAGGGUGGGCUAUCAGCCUACUCAGGUUUUUCUGCCUUCCAGAGAAGGACCCACCAAUACCAUGCUCUUGCUUCAGAAGUACUGAGAAGUACUGAGGAGCGUAACACCUCUGCUUUGAGGUGAUGGCAAAACCAUCUGUGAUCUUCUCCUGGUGCUUGAAAAACAAGUUUCAUAGCACUUCAUCUUCAAAGCCUGAGGAAGCUCUUGGCUGCACAGGAGAGCUCUCCUGCAUUUCUGCCACCACAGACAGUGCCAUGCAGAACGACAGUUGGGGUCCUGCCUGCCUGUGGACAGGAAGUCCUGCUUCCCACAAAAGCUGAGUUCCAGAGAAGUUGAUGCCUUCAAGAAGUGAGAUGUCAUUUCAGCCUGCACCUAGCAUCUGCUUAUGAUGUCAUUUGGUACAAACUGGGAGUUGCUCUGAUCCUGAUUUCAUGCGAGGCAGAGCUUUGAAAUUGGUGUAUGUGCAUUGGCUGUUAAAGCUCGUACCCUGGUGAUAGGCUGUACUAGUCAUGUUAUCUCCAAGAGAGCCGGAAGCUGAGUGCGAAGAUGUUAAGUGUUGAAGGUCAUGUAAUUCAUGUCCAUCCAGAUGGUCUGAACAGGUCUUCAUGCCCUGCUUCCUGUUGCGGCAGGCGUCUGACUCUCUCUGACCUGGCUAGCGGCGGAGCAGCUGGAGACGGGCUGCAAUAAGCAGUGGAGAAUGCAGGCACCCAGCGUGGGGCACAGAAGAGCGUCAACCUCCCAGCAAACAUGGGGUAUUGAGGAUGGUGCAGAGAGACUACCAAUGUGAGGCCCUAGAGCACCGUGGGCUUUGGUACUCGGGAGCGAGGUUUCACGGGGACCAGCAGAGAAGAGAGGGGAUCUUUUGCAUUCUGCCCCGCCACGUCCCUGAAGCUACUGACCCUGAGAACAGAAUGGGAGAUGGAAGGACUGGCCACACAGCCACACCCCAGACAACCAACAUCAGGCCUCAAGAAAGAAGAAGCCACAACUGAUGGCAUCCAGGCAGCUUAUGGUGAGGAGCAAAGGACUUGCAAAGGACUCUGGGACCAAUUGGGAGUAGCCAUCCAGAUCAACAGCCCAUGAUUGGCUAGAAGGCUUCUGGAACAUUCUGAGAGACUGCAUUCUAUGAGAGACUAUAUAUAUGCAUGUCGGCCCCACUUCAGGGUCUUCUGAAGCAGCCUCUUUAUGUUUUGUUUUGCACCCUUGUUUGCACCCUUUUAUUUAUUUAAUAAAUAUCUUCAGUUUUGGCACUUCAGCUGUACCUGUCCCUUCCUUGUUGCUGUGCCACUCGACCACAGCAUCGUCAAGCUCCUGAGAACAGAAGGUUUCCCCAUGCGCCCUGUAGAUCCCUCGGGGUGUUGUUGCUGAUCCAUCUCCGGCUGCUCCACUGCCACCUGGGUCAGAGAGCACCGGCAGUCAGACACAUGCUGCAACAGCUUCCCCACCUGCCCUUUCAGAAACCAGCUCCUGAAUCAGCUCCAGCCCCUGGCUGCAAGCACAGCCUGGCACUGCAGUGCCUGAUCUGAUGGGCACUCACAUCUCUGUGAGAUGUAUGGCACACCAGGGAGGCUCUACUCCCUUUUUAUAGCCCCUCUGACUCAGUACUCAGUCUAUAUCUGCUCAUUUAGGUUUGAACACUAUCUAGACUACUCAGGUGUCAGAUUAAGUUGCUGAAUUUGAGGAGUGUGAGUUCAGAAUGAGGAUCUUGCUAUAACCAAAGAAUUGAAGCAUAGUAAACUACUAAAAUUUGCAAACUGAAAAGUAAUUUUCUUACUCUUUCUGUCUUGUAGAUAGAAAUGUUGCCAGGAUCCAUUUACUUUUCAUUAUUUGGGCUUUGUAAAAGCAGUGUGGAGACCAAGGCAAGAUGAGGCCAGUAGGAGCUUCCAGUUAUGGCUGGCAGUUGCUGCCCCAGUUGUACACUCUCUUCAAGGAGCAGCACUUCUGUGUCUGCACCAUCUUCAUUGGGAAUGUGCAUUUUAGAGCACACAAGGUGGUUUUGGCUCCUGCCAGCCUGCUGUUUAAGUCCAUGUUGGACAGCACAGACACCAUCUCCAUUGAUGCUUCUGUGGUAACACCUGAGGAGUUUCCACUCUUACUUGAGAUUAUGUACAGUGGCAAACUCCCACUAAGAAAACACAAUUUCACCAAAGUUACCUCUGUGACAGAUAGUCUGCAGAUAUUUGAUGUGGCUGUUAGUUGUAAGAACCUCCUCAGGGAUCUCAUAAGUUGUUCUGCCCAGGACCAGGUAGUAAAAGGAGUCUCCAGCCAGGAAGCAGAUUCAUCUGGAAACCAAGCUAAAGCUAAUUACCUGCCCCAGUCUGGAAGACCUGAUGAAGGCAAAAUAUCAUCCUCAGUCAGAGAGUUUCUCCUUUACUCUGUAGAAGCAGAAAUGGAAGCAGGUGUUUCUCCUCCUGGCCAGGAACUUACUGUGUAUCUCACCUGGGUUCAUCAGGACACAAUGUCAAGUGGCUCCAGGUCCCUCCAAGAGGAUUCAGGCUCUGGCCCUGACCAGCCUGCCCAUGCUGAGUGGAGUGGCUGUGUGGAAGAGGAGCUUGCUGAGCUGCCAGAGGGGAAAGGGCGAUCAAGGGAUUUAGCAGCAGAGAGCAAAAGCUAUUAAAUAGAUUUCUUUGUUUGAAAUGAAAUGUUUUCUGAGGCUCUUUCUGAUGCCCAGGCUGUGCUGAAAAGACUCAAAGAGUGCAGAGAAAUUGAUGCCUCUCAAAAGGUGGCUCUGGCUGUCUGUCUGGCCAAGGGAGAGGAACAUUCAGUGUUCAAGAAGCGGCUUGUCAAAGUUAAGGAUGCUUACACCCAGGAUAGUGACACUAGGGAUGCUCGGCCUCUGGACACUCAGACCCUCGUGUCUUUUCUGAAGCUGUUUCAAGACGUGAAUCCUGAGCUGAGGGUGGCUUUGGUGGAGAGGGAACAGAGCAGUGGAGAAGCCUCACAUCAAGCAGAAAGCAUAGCCAAUGAAGGGAUGCUGACCACUCACUUGCUGUGCUGCAGGGAGGAGCUGAUCCAGAGCGUGAUCCAGCUGAGCCCCAUCACAGAGUUGGAGGCAGUAGAAGAGGGAUUCCUGACUGCUUCAGAGAAACAGGUAGCUUUGGAUGGCUGUGAAGGCAGCUCUCAGAGGGAAGCCAUGGACAAUCUGAUCAGGAAGGUGGAUGAAGAGAAAACCCUGGAAGUGGAUCUUCUGGAGGCUGUGAAAGCAUCCUUCCCUGGACUCCAGCUUCUGCCAGACAACUUGGUGGCAAGAGCAAACGUCUCUGAUGGUAAAGGCAAAGGGAGCCCAGAGGAUUAUAGGGCCAAAGUGUUGUGACAAUACCAAGAGAGCUUUGUGGAGCUCCUGACAGACAGACUGAGAUGA